UGCGUCGGCCGAUUUCUCGCCGGUUUUGUGGUCAUGUGCGCUGACUCAGCCGCCUGCUGCUACGCCCGAUUCGGACAGCUCGAGAUGCUCGCUGGAUGCUCAAUGCUUGGUGCAGUUCCUCAUGCGCCUCAAGAAUCGGCCUGGUUCUGACGUCUGUUUUAUGAUAUCGUGGCUGUCUCGUCUGUCUGGCUGGCUAGCGUUCUUCAGCCGAGAAUUAACAUGCGGCUCACCUUGACGCCAUCCUUGCAAGAUGCACGACCAUCGAGCGGGGUCUAAGAACUAGCCCGGCGACAUCUGAUACGACAAUAGUAUUCGACUGACUUACAUGCAACUAAACUCCAGGUUGAGACCGUCGUUUACGUAAUACAAACGCUCAACCCAGCGUGAUACAAUCCGGUCAACGCCAUCCAAAAUGAAAACCGCCUUGAUAGUCGUGGACAUGCAGGAGGACUUUUGCCCUCCCAACGGCUCCCUCGCCGUACAUGAAGCCCGCGCCAUAGCCCCCACAAUCAACACCCUUCUCUCGCACCCAGGCUUCACUCUCCGAAUCGCAUCCCAAGACAGCCACCCCGCCGACCACAUCUCAUUCGCGCCCAACCACCCACCUCCCAACAACCUACCCUUCGAAUGCCACAUCGAAAUGAUCAACCCCGCCCCGGGAAAGGAAUCGCAAACCAAAUAUCAACGACUCUGGCCCGUCCACUGCGUGGCAGGCACCAAGGGCGCGGAGAUUAUCCCCGAGAUCGACACCACAAACAUCGACCUCUACGUGCAAAAGGGAAUGGACGCCCGGGUUGAAAUGUACUCUGCGUUUGCAGAUGCGUUUGGGAACCUUGAUGCGGAAGUGAAUCGGACGUCGGUGGAUGUGCAUUUGAAGGGAAUUUUGGAGGAGAAUGGCAUUACGGAUGUGUUUUGUGUGGGGGUUGCGGGAGAUUAUUGUGUCAAGUUUACGGCGAUUGAUGCAGCCAAGGCUGGGCUGCGGAGUUAUUUGGUAGAGGAUGCGGUGAGGUGUGUUGAUCCGGGGCAGGGAUGGGAGGAGGCCAAGAAGGAGCUGGGUGAGGCUGGAGUGAGGGUGGUGAGGUCGGAUGGGCCGGAGGUUGCGGGGUUGUUUGAGUCGGUGUAGAGAGGAAGGGGGUUGAUGUGUAUCGGAUUCAUACGGAGUAUGUGUAGAUUAUGGACAGGAAGGACGGUAGUUGUAGCGGAUGUAUAGAAUGAUUGACGUGCAUAUGUACGUGCUGUUGUGACGGUGCAGGAGAGUGCAUCGUCGUAGGGGACUUGGCUAGAGACCAGGAUGUGCUAGUCCCGAGUGGAUCAAUGCCACAUGGCCUAUAGAGACGGUGUUAUAGACAUGUUGGUGGAAGGAUGGG